AUGUCCACAGGAGCACAAAAACUGAUGGUGAUACAUGAUGCAUCAAGAACGGAUGGUUUGAGUGCAAUCAUAUCAGCCUUCGAGAGCUUACCAGUUGGAUCAGGAGAUGAGCUCACUCUCCUUGGAGUUAUUCAUCAGCUUUCAAGUAGUUUGAAAAUCAUGAGCAUAAGUGGAUCAAAUACCAAAUAUAAGGACGAUGAACGGAUAAAGAAGGAGGAGUAUCGUAAAAGAGAGGAAGUGAUGCAACUGUCUACGAUUUGUGCAAGGAACAAGAUAAUGUUCCAGAUAGAUGUGCAAUAUGGAUCUUCUCCAAAGAUGAUUGCUGCCAUAGCAGCCAAAAGCUCAAGGGUGACAUGGGUCGUACUUGACAGGCAGAUGAAGAAAGACAGAAAGUUCUUCAUGGAGAAGCUUACAUGUGGAAUAUUGAGGAUGAAACGAGACAACACAGUCGAAAAGCUCAGAGGACCAAUAACAAUGGAGGACAAGAAACUGCGGUCAUCAAAAAGGACUCCAAGCAAUGAGCAUGUUUCAUAUGGUGAAAUGAUACCCAUAAUGUCAAAGAGAGAACUCUCCCCAAAGAGUGAGUAA